GCUCAGCCCGGAAGCGCUGCUUGGCGCGGGGGCCGUGGCCGGGCGGGCCGGCAGCUCCCGGCCCGGCCCUGCCUCCCUAUUUGUAGCCGGCGGCAGCUGCUGGGGCUGCGCAGAGCGGGCUGGUGAGGAGCAGCGCUUCACGGUGCCGCAGCUAUAACCAUGGAGAACCUGUGCAAGGCCAACAGCAGAUUUGCACUUGAUCUGUUCAGAAGGUUUAAUGAGACCAACCCAACAGGAAAUGUUUUCUUCUCUCCUGUCAGUGUCUCUGCAGCUCUGGCCAUGGUCCUUUUGGGGGCCAGAGGUAAUACAGAAGCACAGCUGCUGAAGACUCUUCAUUUUGACACAGUUGAAGAUAUUCACUCAAGAUUUCAGACUCUGACUGUGGACAUAAACAGAAGCAAUGCUCCCUAUCUCUUGCGCCUUGCCAGCCGCCUUUUUGGAGAGAGGUCCUACAACUUUUUGCCGGAGUUCUUGACUAAUACUCAUAAAUUAUAUGGAGCUGAGUUGGCUACAGUUGAUUUUCUUCAGGCUUACGAUGAAGCCAGGAAAGAAAUUAACCAGUGGGUAAAGGAGAAAACUGAAGGUAAAAUCCCUAAUCUGCUGUCUGAAGGCUCAGUUGAUAGCACGACCAGGCUGGUGCUGGUGAAUGCUAUUUAUUUCAAAGGGAGCUGGGCAGAGAAAUUUGAAGAAAUCAACACCACUGACAUGCCAUUUUGGUUAAAUAAGAAUGAAACAAAGACAGUGAAAAUGAUGUAUCAGAAAAGUAAGUUUCCUUUUGGGUACAUCCCUGAAGCGAGGAUCCGCGUGUUAGAGCUGCCUUACAAUGGAAGAGAGCUGAGUAUGAUCAUUCUGUUACCUAAUGACAUUGAAGAUGACUCCACUGGGCUGCAGAAGCUGGAAAAGCAGCUUACUUUAGAGAAGCUCCAGGAAUGGACAUGUCCAGAGCAUCUGCGUUCCAUUGACGUUCACGUGCGUUUGCCAAAGUUUAAGCUGGAAGAGAGCUACAGCCUGGCAUCAGAUUUAGCGGCGAUGGGUUCGAGGGACAUGUUUGACAGCGGCAAAGCUGACCUGUCGGGAAUGUCAAGGGCUCGUGACCUCUGUAUUUCAAAGGUUGUCCACAAGGCUUUUGUAGAGGUGAAUGAGGAAGGCACAGAAGCUGCAGCUGCCACUGCUGCUGUUGUUAUGUUCUGCACGGCUUUAGCCAUGCCUGUUGAAGAGCAUUUCAAUGCUGACCACCCUUUCCUUUUCUUUAUUCGCCACAACCCAACACAGAGCAUACUUUUCUUUGGCAGAUUUGCUUCUCCUUUAAAAGAAUGAGACCUUAACAGGUGCAGACCACUUCCUGCUGUGGUCAGUGAAAGCUUUGCUCCCAGAAUGAGUUGGCUUUUGAUGUAGAAAGUUGAUUUUCCUGUUGAGUUCCUUGUAACUUUGACUGAGAUUCUGCCUUCCUCAUUAAACAAUGCCAGAGAAACUGAGGAGUAACUUACAAUAAUCCAGUCAUUCCUUACACAUGUAUACUAGGAUGUUCUUGCAAAGCUUUUCCUCCCCUAAAGGCUUGUUUUUCUAAUUGAUCUUAAUAAAAUACUUCCAGGCACCAAAAGUCAUGUUUCUGCACAGCUGAAUUUACAUAUUUCUGUUGUGUAAUAGGUCAGAUAACAUUUCUUUGGAGACAUCUAUUAAUAGAGGAAGCAUUAUUUAAGCAAAAGUAACCCCUUCCAGUCAUUAGCCAGAAAGCCCCUUGUAGUUUUUGAAUGGGGAGGAGGAGAAGAAAGGGCUAACAACUUAAAGUGAUAUGUUUAAACAGGGUUUUUAAAAAUAAUAGUCUGGUGGCAUUUUAGUUCGUAUAAAAUGUGUCAGGGCUUAGAGGUUUUAGGUGCUUUAGGCUAAUGAGUUCCUUUCUGCAAAUUCAGAAGCUUUUAGUAUAGUGUUAGAGUCUGGCCAGAACCUAUAUGAUCCUCAAAAAAUACUCACCUUCCAGCAGUGAAUGACUGCAUAAUCCAGGAUAAAUAUCAGAUGUGGCUCUUCAUGUACAAGGAUUACUGAGCUGAGUUCCAUUGCCUGUUCAUACACAGGCCUUUUGUGCUGUACAGUGCCUAAUACCCAGGAGCCACUGUAGUUACAUACUGUUGGUGGUCUGUUUUGGGAGGUUAUUUGCUUGUAUCAUGUAUAU